CCCAGCGCGGCGAUGGCGGGCGAGUAAUCCGGCCCCCGGCGUGAGAAGGAAUUUUCCCGCGGGCCACGAUGACGGCCAGAGAGGCCGGCACGCGGCCCGGCGCCAAGGCCCGCUCAGUACAGAGGGCCUCCACCGUCGACGUGGCCUCGGACAUCCUGGGCCUGACGCUGACGGGGAACGUGCAGGAUCCAGACGAGCCGGUCUUGGAGUUCAGCUUGGCCUGCAGCGAGCUCCAUACCCCGGCCCUGGACCGGAAGCCGAACAGCUUCGUGACGGUGAGCGUGACGACACCGCCUCAGGCUUUCUGGACCAAGCACGCUCAGACCGAGAUCAUAGAGGGGACAAACAACCCGAUAUUCCUGAGCAGCGUCGCCUUCUUCCAAGACUCCUUCAUCAAUCAAAUGACCCAGAUCAAGCUCUCCGUGUACGACGUCAAGGACCGAUCUCAGGGAACAAUGUACCUGCUGGGGUCCGCCACCUUCACCGUCAAGGAUCUGGUUGAGGAGCAGAAUCACCGGCUGCAUCUGGUCCUCAGGUCCGCGGAGAGCGACCGGAUCGGAAACGUCACCGUGAUCGGCUGGCAGAUGGACGAGAAAUCCGACCCCCCGCCACCGCCACCCGCGACCAGGAGCCCGGAUACCGUCAACGGGAGGACGGUGCUCCCCGUCGACGAGAGCCUGACGGAGGCCGUGGGGAUCCGGUCGAAGUACGCCUCGUUACGGAAAGACACGUUGCUCAGAUCGGCGUUCGGAGGUUCCAUCUCCCGGCUCUACCGCUUCCCGACGACCGAGGGCAACCACCUGCGGAUCCUGGAGCAGAUGGCGGAGAGCGUGCUGUCCCUUCACGUCCCCCGCCAGCUGGUGAAGCUUUUGCUAGAAGAAGACGCCGCCAGGGUUUGCGAGCUGGAAGAACUGGGAGAACUGUCUCCGUGCUGGGAGGGUCUUCGGAGGCAAAUCGUGGCCCAGUACCAAACGAUCAUCCUCACGUAUCAGGAAAACCUCACGGACCUUCACCAGUACAAAGGCCCGUCCUUCAAAGCGAGCAGCCUGAAAGCCGACAAGAAGCUAGAAUUCGUCUCCACGAACCUGCACAUCCAGAGGAUGCGAGUGCAAGACGACACCGGGCUAGACCAGAACUACGACAUCGUGACGAUAGGCGCCCCCGCGGCCCACUGCCAAGGCUUCAAGUCGGGCGGGCUGAGGAAGCGGCUGCACAAGUUCGAGGAGGCCAAAAAGCACCCGCCGUCCAGCUUGCAGUCCGUCCUCUACAUCCCCCAGGACGUCGUGCGGGCCAAGGAGAUCAUCGCCCAGAUCAACACCCUGAAGACGCAAGUCAGCUACUACGCCGAGAGGCUGUCGAGGGCCGCCAGGGACCGGUCGGCCAACGGGCUGGAGCGCACGCUGGCCAUCUUGGCCGAUAAGACGAGGCAGCUGGUGACGGUGUGCGACUGCAAGCUCCUGGCGGGCUCCAUCCACGGGCUCAAGGCCGCGCGGCCCGACUACAUCGCCUCGGCGGCCUCGCCCACGGCCGGGGACGGCGAGCGGGUCGUGCUGAGGAACGACCAGGACACGCUGGCGGCCCGCUGGGCGGGCAGGUCCAGCCGGUCGUCUCUGCAGGCCGACUGGCACGAGGAAGAGUGGGAGAAGGUCUGGUCGAACGUGGACAAGAGCCUGGAGUGCAUCAUCCAGAGGGUGGACAAGCUCCUGCUCCGCGAGCGCCCGCCGGCCCCCGCCUGCGCCGCCGCCCUCCUUCCCGACGCCGGCUGUCCCAGUAAGAAAGAUCGCGGCUUCCGUCCCGAAGACUCCAGCUCAGAAGCCCCCCCGGUAGGCGCGCCCGUCUGCUGCUCCCUGCCCGCGCUCUGCUUUCCAGGCCAAGCGGCGUCCGUGCUCGGCAGGGACAACGGGCUCGGUGCCGUAACGCGAGGCGAAUGGAGCGAAGCCCUGUACCCCUUGCUGACGACGCUGACGGACUGCGUGGCCAUGAUGAGCGACAAGGCCAAGAAAGCCAUGGUCUUCCUGCUGAUGCAGGACAGCGCCCCGACCAUCGCCGCUCACCUGAGCCUCCAGUAUCGCAGGGACGUCGUCUUCUGCCAGACGCUGACGGCCCUGAUUUGCGGCUUCAUUAUCAAGCUGAGGAACUGCCUCCGCGAGGACGGGUUUCUGCGGCAGCUGUACACCAUCGGCCUCCUGGCCCAGUUCGAGAGCCUCCUGAGCACGUACGGGGAGGAGCUGGCCAUGCUGGAAGACAUGAGUCUGGGCAUCAUGGAUUUGCGCAACGUGACCUUCAAAGUGACGCAGGCCACCUCGAACGCCUCCUCGGACAUGUUGCCCGUCAUCACGGGAAACCGCGACGGCUUCAACGUGCGGAUCCCGCUGCCCGGCAGCCUGUUCGACGUCCUGCCCCGCGAGAUCCAGAGCGGCAUGUUGCUCCGGGUGCAGCCCGUCCUCUUCAACGUGGGCAUCAACGAGCAGCAGACCCUCGCGGAGAAGUUCGGAGACACGUCGCUGCAGGAGGUUAUCAACGUGGAGAGUUUAGUGCGACUGAAUUCCUACUUUGAGCAGUUCAAGGAAGUGCUCCCGGAAGACUGUCUACCUCGAUCUCGGAGUCAGACCUGCUUGCCUGAACUGCUGCGUUUCCUGGGGCAGAACGUGCACGCCCGGAAGAAUAAGAACGUGGAUAUCCUGUGGCAGGCCGCCGAGAUCUGCCGCCGACUGAACGGGGUCCGCUUCACGAGCUGCAAGAGCGCCAAAGACCGGACGGCCAUGUCGGUCACCCUGGAGCAGUGCCUGAUCCUCCAGCACGAGCACGGCAUGGCCCCGCAAGUCUUCGCCCAGGCCCUGGACUGCAUGCGGAGCGUUGGAACGCGAGAGGUAGUCACCCAGAAGAACUUGAGUGGUGCGAUGCCAAUCCGAGAGACCGGAUUAGGCCCCGGAAUCCUCUGUUCCCUCCCCUUGCUGGCGCUGAGCCCCAAUCUCCUGGUUGUGUGGCUCUUCUUGAGCAUCGCUUACCUGGUGGCCAAACUGCGGUGCAAGUGAAGGCCGGCUGAAAAGCCCGGUCUCCCGGGCGAGGCCCCUGGGGGCCCCGUCCGCCCCCUCGCAAGCGUUGCCCGCCUAGGACCCCCCCCACCCCGGCCUGGAGGCCGCUCCCACCUUCGGAUCCGGAAGCCCCCCUCCGGGCCGCCGGCGAGGUCCCGUAUUCCCGAGAGAGCGGCUCGGUCCCGAAGGGACCGGGAUCUGCCGGCGGGGUUGGAAAGCGAGCGGCCCGGGGCGAGAGGAAACCCCGAGGAACGGGGAGGGUCAACCCGGACAACGGGCCGCUCGCUUUCCGCGCCGCGUUCCCGGGAGAGGGCAGCCGGCGGGUCCCCGCCUCUUUUCCGGGCUCGGAGAGGGUGGGCUGCACCCUCAGGGCAGAGACGGGCACGCCGCCGGCCACCGGGAACGGCUGGCCGCGGGCCACGGCUGGCGGGGCGCGGGGCCGGAUCCGUUCGUUCGGUCCCAUUCCCGUCUCGUCAGAUCGGGCUACGGCACCCGUUAGCUUGGAAGGGAUGUCUUCCGAAAGAGGGGAUUCCCGCGGCCUCACGAGCCCCGGUAACGACAGCUCCUGCUGUCCCCGACGCCACAGUCCCGUCCCGUCCCCGCCCCUCCGGUUCCCAUCCGGACACGGGCUGAGUCGGUCUCUUUCCGCCAAAUCGUGGAAUUCGAGGAGUCUCCGGAAUCAUCCUCCCGAAUGAGACCGCGUCGUUCCCAGUAACCGAGCGACUCCUCGGGGCCUGUUUUUCUCCCCCGUCCCCUCGUAAGAAAAGAAACGGAGGACGGGAUCCAAAUCCUAAACGGCGGGCCGCGCUUCCGCCCGGCGGCCGGGAGACGGACCGGAAUCCGUCUUUCCCGGCCUAUCCGGGUUGCGGGCGCUCUCUCGGGAGACGUCGCCGCCCCCGGGACCGGCGUCCGCGAUCCCGUUCCGGAAUCCCGGAGAGGAUUCAAAGCAGUAAGAGCAGAAGCCCCUUCCCCGCAGGCGCCCGGGGGAACUCGAAGCCCCGUCGCUCCUCCGCCUCGCGCCGACUCCGCGCGGAGCUCAGCGCUCGGGAGAGGCCCGGAGAGCGGAAUCGGCGGACACGUUUCCCUGCCCGGAACGGGCUCCCGGCGCGGGUCGGGAGCCGUCACCCUCCCCCCCCGGGGCCCCUUCCCGAACCCUGGUGCCCCAAGAGAGGCGGCCGGGUACCCGGAGACGAUGACCGGAGGAGACGGUAACCGGAAAGGUACCGGGGGACGAGGAGGGAGGAAUCGGAGAAGCAGCGCGGGCCCCGGAGCCAUUCGGUCGUAUUUAUUGAGCGCUUACUGU